UUGUGGCAACUCUCUGUCUCACUCUCUCUCUCAGGUGGUUCCAGAGGGUGUCGCAAUAAAUGGCAGAAGCCCUGUCCAGAUGGUAGAGGAAACCUAUACGGCAGAGGAGGAGGAGGGUCACAUACCUCCCACACACCCCCAGACACACCCUCACACACACCCUCCCCACGCCCACACUCUCACCCCAAUCCUAGAUGGCCGACCAGCAGUACUUAUCAAGAGAGAGCCUGGCCUGGAGGACACCAACGAUGCACUUCUUCUGCAACACCACUACUCUUCAUCUGGGACUUUUCACAAUGGUGCUGAUGAAACCAACGGUGCUCCAGUGUCACCAGAUUCCCAAAAAACUACAAGACAAUUAGAGUCCCAAAGGACUACAAAGACCACAUACCCCAAAGGCAGCUCUGAGCCCAAUGAUGCACUUCCGGAUGACACCAUGGCCAUUCCUCUGAAGAAGAUCAAGUUGGAGGAGCCGUGGGUGUGGUCUACGGACCAGUGCUCCACCCUACUAGGGGGCAAUGAUGACGAUGUCUAUGUGGACGCUCUGUCCACACUAGCAGCAGUUGUGUGUUUCUCUAUCACAGACAGGAAGGGACUGGAGGACAAGCUGUUUAGCUCCCGUUCCCCGGUGCUACACUCGUUAAAAACAGAGCCGGAGGACUUUAAGGUAGACCUUCUCCUGAAAAGCACUCCCAUCAGUCCACGGAAAGCUCUUGACAUUAUUGUCAAACGAGAGCAACCCUCUCCAGAUCUCUCUCUGCCAAGCAUCCAGUCGUUGGUGCAAGAGAGGAAUAUUAGCAGUGACCAAGCUAUCGCUAUCGAGGCGCUAACCCUACUGGCAUCUAUCCCCCAAAACCCCCCCGAACCAUUUAGAAUGGACGCACAUGGUCAAAACCCCACCACACCUUCCAUGCACUUAUCCAGUAGAAACACCUCUCUCCAGGAUGUCAAACCCCCUACAGGUUUCCUCCCCAACAAAGUUCUAGUCAUCAGCUCCCCUCUGCACCAGACCUCAGUCAUACGCUCCCCUCUGCACCAGACCUCAGUCAUCAGGUCCCCGGUGGCCAGACAGAGUCUUGUCAUCCAGUGUCAUUCCCGUAGUCCCGCAGCCACUGGCAAGCUGUCCCUACAGAACCUGCUAGAAGCCAGCUCGGACUGUGGCAGACUUCCCUACGACAGCACCGAGAGAGCAGGACAACACCUGUACAGCAGAGCAGAAGACCUUGGUUCUCACCAUAACAGGUCCGAAGGCACUUUCAGAGAGCGGAAAGACAUGGAGAGGAAUAGUAAGGAAACAACAGAGAGGACGGUGGGUAAGAGCGGGAGGAACAGGGAUGAGGAAGAGGUGGCGGCUCAACUGGCCGAGUUGGCAUUCAUCAUCCAAUCACGUCACAAGCAGCAGGGUUUCCAACCCUCCCAGCACUCUGAGAACAACCCUCCCAGAGGAACGCCAGUCUCGGCCAUCAAGUACAACUACAAUUCCCAGCAUGCACCACCCAACAACAAGAAAAUCCCUGUGAGGAAACCAAGGUCCACGCCUUCCAAACCUAGGAAGAAGAAGGGGAUGGAGGGGGUUGAAGAGGAGGGCUACAAACCCAAUGGCAAGACCCCCCACAGAGCCAGGGUCCAGAAGGUUCUGCCCCAGCCGAAGACAUUGUCGCUCAGCCACAAGAGGAGCCUGUUCCUGCCUCAGACUCAAAUGGAUCUAAAGAGAUACCUGGCUGAGGCUCAGGAGGAACAACGGCAGCUCUUUUACUACAGCAACAGCCACAGUGGGGUCAAAUACCACAAAACAUCUGGAGCCAUCGAUCGUGGUCACAGUUAUGGUCAUGACAACCAACAGUGGUCGCAUUUGAACGGUCACCACAAUGGUCCUCUGARCGGUCACCUGGACCCUUUACAAGGACAAGGAGUUGGACAGGGACAUGAGUGUGAAAGACAAUUGUAUUCUCAGGUAUCGCCACCCUACGUUUGGCAGCAGCACGGUGCUAACCUAAAGGCUAGCUCCACCAACCCCAGUUUUACCAGUUUAGACUCUAACAACCACAGAACCGGGUUGAACCAUAGUUUACCCAACGGCUACUCCUCUGGGGGUCAACGGCAGGGGUAUUACAAGGUGGAGAGGUCCGGUCCGGUCACCAUCUUGUCCACGUCAACUGACGGCGCUUUGGACCUAUCUGAGGAGUUGACGCCAACCAAACACAACGUAAACAGCUUCCUGGAAUCGCCCCUCAUAUUCCUGGACACGCCCACUAAGAACCUGCUCAACACCCCCUCUAAGAAACUCUCUGAGAUCCCCUCCUGUGGCUGCAUGGAGCAAAUCAUAGAGAAGGAGGAGGGUCCGUACUACACUCAUCUUGGUGCUGGACCCAGUGUGUCAGCCGUCAGAGAGAUGAUGGAGAACAGGUAUGGAGAGAAAGGGAAGGCAGUAAGGCUGGAGGUGGUGGUGUACACUGGGAAAGAAGGACGCAGUUCCCAGGGUUGUCCCAUCGCCAAGUGGGUGAUCCGUCGGGGCAGUGAGGAGGAGAAGCUGCUGUGUCUGGUGAGACACCGGGCAGGGCACCGCUGUGAGAGUGCCGUGGUGGUGAUCCUCAUCCUGGCAUGGGAGGGCAUCCCCCGGGGGGUGGCAGACAGUCUGUACCAAGAACUCACCCAGACCCUCUGUAAAUACGGCUCGCCCACCAGUCGACGCUGCGCCCUCAACGAGGAUCGGACGUGUGCGUGCCAGGGUUUGGACCCAGACUCUUGUGGCGCCUCGUUCUCCUUCGGCUGCUCCUGGAGUAUGUACUUCAACGGCUGCAAGUUCGCCCGCAGCAAGAUCCCCAGAAAGUACCGCCUGCUGGGAGACAUGCCACAGGAGGAGGAGAAGCUGGAGAAUCGGCUGCAGAACCUGGCUACAGACCUGGGUCCUGUCUACCAGAGACUGGCCCCGGAGGCUUUCCAAAACCAGGUGGAUCAGGAGCAGGCGGGCCAGGACUGCAGGCUGGGUCGGAGGGCGGGCCGACCUUUCUCCGGGGUCACGGCAUGUGUGGAUUUCUGUGCCCACGCUCACAAAGACACACACAACAUGAACAAUGGCAGCACUGUGGUUUGCACUUUAACCAAGGAGGACAACCGUGCGGUGCGUAACGUCCCUGAGGACGAACAGCUCCACGUCUUGCCCCUUUAUAAGAUCUCACAGAGGGAUGAGUUUGGCAGUGCCGAUGGCCAGUGGGCCAAGAUCCAGACUGGGGCCCUGCAGGUGCUCUCAGCCUUCCCCAGAGAGGUGCGUCUGCUGGCUGAGCCGGUGAAAUCAGCCCGUAAGAGGAAGCAGGAGGCCAAGCUGAAGGCCCAGGCUGACAAACAAGCUGCAGCUCAGAACAGGAAGCCUGGACAAAGUCCACUAACCCCGGGCAAGGUCAAGACUGCCAAUAAAGGUUUGAAAAGUGCUUCUUCAGCAGAUCAGUCCCCCUUGUUCAAAAGAGAGCCUCAGUCCUUCAGCUCUUACAGACCAGGAAAUGUGGGUGCGUAUGUACCAGACUCUAACUCCCCUAGCGCUUACAACCACAGCACCCCCACCUACCCCACACCUCCUGGAAGAUCCACACCAGGGAUGGAGGCUCUUUCCCCCCAUCACCCCGGCCUGCCUACCCCCCAGUACAGAGGGCUACCAGGGACCCAGAGCAAUGGUUCCCCAUUCCAUUACAAGACAAUGGAAGAGGCUGUGGCUGUGAAUGGUUACUCCCCAGGACUCAGCAGAAAGCAGCUGGUGGACCCUGAGACGUGUCGGACCCCCCCAGGAAUGCCCCAGGGUGGCGACUACCCCCCCAGGAUUUUUAAAACAGAGCCCAACGAGGUGCACUGCUCCCCUCUCCUCAGACCCCCUCACAGCCACAGCACUCCUCCUCCCUCCUCCUCCACCCACACCCACCCAGAGGGCUUCCACAGCAGACUCAAUGGGCUCCUCAGGGCGGAGGGGGAGCUGGGAGUCAAGGACGGGGUUAGAGGUCAUGUAGGUCAUGUUAUUCCUCACAGUGCCCCCCAUCCUCCUCAUCAGGCCCCUCCCCCUCUCUUCCCCAACCCAAAAGAGGUCAAACAGGAACAGGAAGAGGUGUGGUCGGACAGCGAGCACAACUUCCUGGACAGUGACAUCGGCGGGGUGGCGGUGGCUCCMUCCCACGGUUCCAUCCUGAUCGAAUGCGCCCGCCGAGAGCUCCAUGCCACCACCCCCAUCCUCCGGCCCGACCGCAGCCACCCCACCCGCAUCUCCCUGGUCUUCUACCAGCACAAGUCCCUCAAUGAGCCCGACCACGGCUUGCACAUGUGGGAGGCCAAGAAGGCCCGGAGGGAGCGGGAGAGAGAGGAGGAGGCUGAGAGGCUGGGGAUGGGCCUAGACCUGGAAGAGGUUAGCCCGGUCAAGGGGAAGAGGGGGAAUGGGGCCGGCGGUGAGAGUGUGGAGCCUGAGGAGGUAGAGGAGGAGGGCCCGGAGGAGAAGAAGGGUGUGUUGACGGUUCCUACCCGGAAGGCGGUGACUGUCCCGCGGGAUGGGGUGGUCACUGUUUCCCCUUAUGCUCUGACACAGGUCACGGGCCCUUACAACCGCUGGACAUGAGAUGAUACUGUUAUGUACACACACACACAGACACAUACGACAAAUACAUUUCAACACACACCACCAUACACACACACACACCACCCUGUGCUACUGCCUUACCUCAAUCAACAUUACACUUCUAGUCUCGUUAGGUGUUUUUUCAUUGUGUUACUUUUUCUAAUGUAUGUCUGUUUAUUUUUGUUUCUCUUUGUCUCUGCUUUUAAAGUGAUGAGGAAGACUAUCGUUUGUUGGGUUUUAACUGUGAGUUUUGGUAUUUGAUGAUAAAACAUUUUGGUCUGGUUUUUCAUGUAAAGAGAUGGUGCUCAGAACCAAUUUUUUUAACUGGUUUUAUAUAGGAAUUGAUUAAUAAGAACAAACAAGAUGUGAUUAUUUAUUCUGAUUAUUUUUGUAUAUUUUUUGGUGCAAGGCUAUUUACUGCAAUUUUACUGUCAACCAGCAUUUUACACUAGUAAACACUCAUGUUAAGUCUCUGUGGUCUUUGUUUCAACCAAGAGUGCUCUUUUCACAAGAUGAGUUUUAUCAAUGAUUGAUUUAUAUAAAGGUGCCAUUUGUAGCAGCAACUUUUGAUAAACAGACCACAUAUUACACAUUUGACACAGUAUGUAGUUUUAUGUGAAAAUAAUGAACACAUGUAGCAUGGUGCUUUUCCUUCCCUUCCCCGUUCCUCUAUUGGUGGUCAUGAAGGAACAGUACUUCCCCGUUCCUCUAUUGGUGGUCAUGAAGGAACAGUACUUCCCCGUUCCUCUAUUGGUGGUCAUGAAGGAACAGUACUUCCCCGUUCCUCUAUUGGUGGUCAUGAAGGAACAGUACUUCCCCGUUCCUCUAUUGGUGGUCAUGAAGGAACAGUACUACCUUCGUUUUUGUUUUGGUCUGGAUAGUUUUAGUCUUUUUGUUCAGUGUAUAUGAUGACAUAUUGAAAAAGCACUUUUUUAUUUUUCAUAACUUGAAAAAGGUCCUGUUCCAAUAUGUACAGAUCGAGAGAUAUAUCAGACAGCUUGUGUGAAACCUCUUCUCCUCUUUAUUCAGUAGUUCUGUGUUUAUUUGUUGUUGUUUUUUUGUCGUAGAAUGAUAAAUUACAUAUCAGUCUCACACAAAACCAAGCUUAAUUAUGAAAUGCUGCAUAUAAAGAUUGUCAGAUUACGGUGCUUAUUGUCAACCGCACUUGAUUUAUAUGAAUCUGGAUAAUCAUGUUUGUUCACUGUCUGGACUUCUAGAGUGUUUUAAAUAGGACAUGUUUUUAUACAGACAUAGCUAAAAAGACCACAUAAAACCUGUUUAAAUGGUGACUAUAUUACUGUAUAUUUGUUACUGGUGCUAACAAGAUCUGUACCCUCUUUUUAACUGACUAGGGCAUUGAUUGACAGUUAUUUUUUUCCAUAUGCUGGUUAUAAAUACAUUAUACAAGUGGAUACCAAACCAAUCAAACCCCUUUGUUGUUUCUCAUUGCCUCCUCUUCAAUUUUUGGGAGACGCUGCUCUGACAAAAUAACACACUCCUCAGAUCGUUGCACCUCCUCAGAUCGUUGCAUCAUCAUAAAUUGUAGGCUUAUCAYGUAUUGAGUCAGACAGUAGACCUCUACAGAUUAUAAACCUUCUUCUGAUAGGGGCAAACAUUUUGAGUAGUAAUUCAUGCUCACAUUAGUCAAUCAUAACCAUGUAAUAAUAGGCCCAUUCACUAAUACUCAGUGCUUUGCUGGGGUAGGAGCAAACUGGAGCUGAAUACCGGCACCUCAAAUGUUCAACAGCUUGAGCUCCUGUUCCUCUUAUAGACUAUUAGAUCAAAAGUAUUGUGGAGCUCYUACAAAAUACAUAUUAACAGUACCGGCACCCAAAAGAGGUACCGACACCUAGUGCAGUCCAAGUCAAGCACUGCUACUAAUGUAAUGGAUUAGGUAUCUGUUGUAUUGAUCUGUCUUAGCAUAUGCUGAAUCUAAAUCAGCUCAACGCAGAUAAACAUUUCACUGGUGCUUUCAUUUUAGUAAUACACAGAGCUGGAAAUGUUUGUUUGUUUGGUUUUUGUCAUCUUUUUUUUCUGUUGUUUUUCUCUUUGUUUCUCAGGUGUGAGUGAGGUUGUUAAUUUACCUAGUCUUCAACCCAACUAGGGCAUUACCCAGGCUUCAACCCAACUAGGGCAAACACAGUCUCCUAAAAAACUCUGUCUUCCAAUAAUGUCUUUAACAGAUUCACAAAGUCAAACCAUAUACUUAGACCUUUCCUAAGAGAUAAGUAUGUUGACACAUAGAUUGAAUACAUUUUAUACAAAGUAGAAAAGUAUAUACAGUACAUAUAUAGUCUAUUACAUUAUAUUGAAUGUAGGCCGUUGCAAGUUACUGAUGUGGUAGAAAACAGUCACUUUAAAAUGUUUCCACCUUUACAUAAGACAGUUUGUAAGAAAAAUAUGAUCCUGUAAACUUUUGUAAUUGCUUCACUUGAAGAUUUCUCGGAUCUUCCUUUAUGUGUGACUUGAAAAAUGUAACUUACAUCAAGGAGGAAAAACUAGCACCAGCAUUUAAAACUCAAGGUUUUUAUUGGAAUAAAACUAUAUAAAAUACACAUGUGAAACUGACUGUUUUUACUGUACUAUUCAUGGUUUGUAGAUAACGAGCAGUCUUGCUAUUUUGAAAUUGAUUGCCAAAAUUACUGUACAUAACUGAAAGGUGUGUAUAUCAAUUUGACAGACUUGAAAAAAAUACUAAAUUCAGCAUUCCUGUCAAUGGCUGCCCUCUGGUGAUUUUGAAAUAAAGAUGUAUUUAUAUUUUGGA